AUGAGUGGCCACGGGCAGCGGCUGAGUGCUGGAACUGACGCGUCAGCUCCGCGAUCUGUGCAUUGCCGUGCUGCUGGUGGUGGGGAGAAAAUGGCUGCGCAGUCGCGGCGAGUGCAGGUGGACGCGACGAGGGUGCUAGCGGAGCUGCUUCAGGCCAAAGACCUGGAGGCCACUGUACGGGAGCGCGUUGAGGAUCUGUCGGAGGAGUUUUUUAUGGUUGCGUCAGCCUACGUGGACAUGGCUCGUAAGGAAGGCAACCCUGAGGUGGUGCAGCAGUUAGAGUCGGUGCUGAAAGUGGCCAUGGCAGAGAAAGAGAAGACACUCAGACCAGAAAUCCGCAUGUUGAACCAACUUCUGCGCGACAAGACGCCUGCAGACCGUGCAAAAACUCUAGCGGCUUAUGAGGAGUACCUCGUUGCAGGAAGUUACUUCUUCCACCUGCUCAACCGCAUGCUGGUUGAUGUGGAGUCACAGAAGCCGCCUCAAACCAAGCUGCUUUCACAAUUGCGCACAAUUAACAGAGAGGUGAAGGAGGCAGCCAAAGGGGGCAAGAAGAGUCGCAAGGAGAGCAUAUCCAACAAAAGCUUCAUCAGCUCCCUCCCCAGUUCUGUCAAUGCUGAUCAACAAGGCUGCGCGUCGCAGAAUUGGAGUCCAAAUGGCGUGCAGCGGUAUCGCUCCGACGACUCUUGUCCCCGGCUUCGCGCAAAGCCUCACGGAUGCAGGACAGAGGCAGAGGAGAGGAGUCAGAACCAGACACCCACAACUUCAACAUCCCCGCGCGUUCGUUUUGCCUCCCCACGUUUCCCUGACUCCGUCCCGUCUACCCCCGCAAUCGCCGUUCUGGAGUUUCAUCUGCUGCGGGCGGAACGGAGUGCCUCCUGCGGGAGUACAGGGGGGAAUGCAGCACGGGGAUUGGCGGGAGGCGGAAGCCGAUCGCGGGUGGUUUGCGCAGCUGCGGCCAACAGCACGAGUACGCCGCAUAUGGAGGUGCCGGUUUCCAUGCACGAGACUCGCCGUCUGCCGCCAGUCCUGUCGCUUCCUGAUGCGAUUAUCGCGCUCUCCGCUGCUCUCUCCAACCUCGCCGCCUCCCCGCCCUGCUUCCCCUCUGGGGUGAUUCGGUUUGAGCCUCCUCUCUCCGAUUCCCCCUCUCCUCCCCCUGGCCUCUCCCCUCGCAUCUACUUCUCCCCACGGGCCCCCAGGGGCACUCGCUCCCUCUCCGCCCAGGCACCCUCCGAGCCUGCACCGGACGGGGCGAGCUGGUCCGGCAUUGAUGGCUCGGGAAUAGGCUCGGUGGCGGGUGUGGGUGCUGCGGUGAUGCUAAAGGGGGAGGGUGAGGGGUUCAAGGCGAGGCAUUGGAGGCAGAUCCGCAGGUACCUCUCAGACUCAUCCCCCAGCGUGCGCUUCUUUGGGGGCAUUCGCUUCGAUGCAGAGGCUCCCACGGCGCAUGAGUGGGCCCCCUUCGGCACCUUCCUCUUUCUCAUCCCCCUCGUACGUCUGCCAGACUGUCUGAUGCCUGCUCUAGGAGUGGAGUGGAGACGUGUCAUACUGUCUCAGGAAUUUUGGCACGUUUCUGUUCAACUUCAUCCUUCCACCCCUCGUACUUACUCCCAGACUGUCUGCUUUUUCCAGCUCCCUUCCCACACCCAAUUCUCUUCUCCUACAAAUCCCCUCCACUCUCUCCCCUCGCAUGCGUGCUCGCCCUUCAACCCACCAUCUGCCGUGCAACCUUCACCCCACCCUCUACUCGUCCCUCACCCUACCCCACAGGUGGAGCUGCGGGAGUCGGGUACUGUGUUGGAGGCAGUUGCAGCAGCUCGUCAGGCUCUGUCUCUGGUCCGUCCCGUUUUCAGCACCCCCCAUCCGCCGCGCAUUUCAACACAAGUCACGUCCAAAGCAGUGGCACCAGACGAGUUACUAUGGCACCUGGCUGUAGAGCGCACACUCCAAAGCCUGGGCCACAGAGACACACAGGGGGGCGAUAGGGACGGGCGCGCGGGAGGAGCAGGGGACGCGGAGGGAGCAUUGGGGGGAGAGAUGGAGGGACGCGGGGAGGGAGGGGCUGGGGCGCAGAGUCAACAGAGCUGGGGGGAUAAGCCGUGGAUGCUUGAGCCGAGCCGGAUCGACCAGAUGCCGCUGUCUAAAGUGGUGAUGGCUAGGCGCACUGCGUUGACCACUGUUGACCCUGUUGACCCAGUUGUGCUGCUGGGAGCUCUGCAGGCAAGGGAUCCCAGCGCCUUCCAGUUUCUCCUGGAGCCCCAUGCAGGCUGCGCCUUUGUCUCUUCCACGCCUGAGCGUCUGUUUGCGCGCAAGGGCCUAGCGGUGACGAGUGAGGCAGUAGCGGCGACACGAGCAAGAGCACAGGCACCAGCAGAAGACCACAGCAUUGCCCUCGGCCUGCUGCUCAGCAACAAGGAUCAUGAGGAGUUUGAGAUCGUGAGGGAGAGCGUGCACAGACAUCUAGCAGGUGUGUGUGAGAGCGUGUGUGUGGAGGAGUACAAGCGGAUCAUAUCACAGCACAGGGUGCAGCACCUCUACGCACGCAUCAACGGCCGCCUCUUCAGCACAGCAGGCGAGUUCAACCUGCUGACCUCACUGCACCCCACGCCAGCUGUGGCCGGGCAUCCACAGAAGCAGUCCCAGGAGUCUAUCCGCUUCGCAGAGUCCUUCGACCGAGGCCUGUAUGCCGGACCUGUGGGGUGGUUCAGCGCCGAUGCCUCGGAGUUUGCCGUGGGCAUCCGAUCCGCGCUCGUCCAAUCAGGAGCCAGUAUGGCGCCGUGGGAGGGCCAGCCUGGGAGCAUGGAUGCAGAGAGAGUAGAGGACCAAGGAGAGGGGCAACGGGAGAGCGGGAGGAGGGGUGGUGGGCGAGUGUUGCUGUAUGCGGGAGUGGGGGUGGUGAAGGGUACAAAGGCGGCUUCUGAGUGGAGUGAACUCAACCUUAAGACUCGCCAGUUCGAGGCGCUGUUAGGGGGAGCGCCUGUUCCUGUUCCUGGGAGGGGCUCAUCUGGGGAAGUUGGUGCUGCUGGUGUGGGAGGUAGAGUGGAUGGACGCGGAGGAGAGGGGGCAGGAGCAGGGGCAGCAGCAGGAGGAGCAGCAGGUGGGGGGGCAGUAGCAGGCGGGCAGGUGGAUUUGGAGGGCCAGCCGAAUAUUAACUUUGUGUGGUGUCGCAUGGCUGUGGAGGAGUGUGUUCGCCUUGGGAUCACGGUGGACGAGCGCUCCCUCGCCUUCCACGCCCUCGGCUACGCCAUGGCCGCCCGCCGCCCUGCUGCCAUCAUCACGUCUUCUGGGACUGCUGUCUCCAACCUCCUACCCGCUGUGGUGGAAGCGAGUCAGCAGCACGUGCCGUUGCUCGUGCUCACAGCCGAUCGACCCGCAGAGCUGCGGGAUACAGCAGCAAACCAGACCAUCGACCAGGUUGGCAAAGAGCUUUCCCUGGCUCUAAACUUCCCUUCCCAAGUACCUGACGAGGCAUGGGUAGCUCGCACGGUGGCAGCAUCGCUGCCGGACGGCCAUGCCCUGUUCCUGGGAAACAGCAUGCCCAUCAGAGACAUCGACAUGUACGCUGCUGCUCCCUCCUCCAUCUCCUUCUCGUCUCAUCAACACUCGCACCUGGCUUCUGCUGCUGGUGGCGCUGGUGAAAAUGCUGCUGGUGCUGAUGGUGCUGCAUCAGCGGAGAGGUCAGGGCAACCCCCGGUGACAGUGGUGGUGGUGAACAAUGGGGGAGGAGGCAUCUUCAGCCUGUUGCCAGUGGCAGGCACGUUGGACUCGCACGUCUUCUCAGAGCUCUUCUCCACGCCGCACCAAGUGCAGCUGCACCACCUCUGCAAGGCGCACAGAGUGGCGUAUUUCCGGGCGACCACGCGCACAUCCCUCCUCUCAUCCCUGCAAGCAGCGUGGGCCACGCACCGCCAUGCAGUGGUGGAGGUGCACGCGCCGCCCAUCCACCUCAACGUCCUCUCCCACCGCCUCCUGCAGGCCGCUGCUAGGACCACUGCUGCCCGGGCCCUCUCACUGUUCCAGCGCCAGAUGGAAAGGAGCACUGGGUUGGAAGGAGAGAGGGGUGAGGCAGGGGAGGGUGUUGGGAGACGAAGUGGGUCUCUAUUUGUGGCGGAGACGAGUAUUGAACGAAUCAGGGUUGUCCUGAGGGAGCCCCCAACGUCAGUGGCUGUGUCUGGGGCAGCACUGUCGCAGUCAGAGAGAGAGGGGUUGCUGCUGCACGUGCGGCUGGAAGGGGGGGGGCUGGGCACAGGCGAGGUCUCUCCUCUCCCAGGCCUGCAUCUAGAGUCUCUCCUAGACGCACACGAGCAGCUGUGCCUGCUCUCACACCGCCUCCCAGGCCUCGCCCUGCCACUCUCCCUGCCGCUGCUCAACGGCUCCUUCUCCCUCUGGGUCUGGCACACUCUCGGCAUUCAGCCAGCAUCGCUAUACUCCAGUCCGACCCACCGGGUGCGAGUGCGGUGCUGCGGGUUGCUGGACGGUUCCAGGGGGACCAUUCCCUCGGUGGCCCGCGCAGCAGCGCACCUCGUGCACUCCCUCGGCUUCACCGCCCUCAAAAUCAAAGUAGCCAGGCGCGCUUCCCCAGCAGAAGACGCCGCAAUGGUGCUUGCGGUCCGAGAGGCAGUAGGCCCUAGAGUCCACAUCAGAGUAGACGCGAACCGAAGCUGGUCGUUGUCGCAAGCUGUGGAAUUCGGACGGCUAGUAGCACCCUGCAAUGUGGCGUUUAUAGAAGAACCAGUGUCGAAUCUUCAUCUCCUUCCCGAGUUCUACCAAGCCACAGGUCUCCCGUUCGCUCUGGACGAAUCUCUAGACGACGCGCUUCUGCUCCCGCCUUCCCACGACACUCCCACUCUCGCGCUUCCCUCUUCUCUCGAUUGGUCCGGCCUGGCAGCGGUCGUUGUGAAGCCGUCUAGACUGGGCGGCAUGGAGGCGGCGGCAGUGGUGGCGAGAUGGGCGACGUUGCUUGGCGCGGAGUGUGUUGUGAGCUCGUCGUUUGAGUCCCGGCAGGGGCUCGCUUCGCUCUGCCACUUUGCUGCUUUCCUCGACACGCACCCGUUCCCUUCCCCGCAGCCGCAAGCACAGGAUGCUGGUGCGUUGAGUUCCCCUGAGUCUCCUCCUGGGUCUCCCACUGCUGUCGCUCAUGGGCUAGAAGGAGUGGAUAGGUUUUCCCAUUCUCCUCCUCUCUUGGUUGAUGAGAGGAGUUCAGAUGGUCAGCUUGGCGUGCUGCUUUCUGCGCGUUCCGAUGUUGGCGGUGCCAGUGGGAUGCUGACACGUGGAGUGCUUGCCACGUCAGAUGCAGCUGCUGUUGCUGGUCCGGAAGGGGGGAGAGCUGUUGGAGCAGAAGGGGAGAGUGCUGCUGCCAGUGCUGAAGACGCAACGAUUGGGAUACAGGCAAAAUCGUUGACAAAUCUGGCAGCAGCGAUAGCACCAGCAGCAGCGGUACAAGCAGCAUCAGUAGGUGCAGCAAGAACUGCAACGUGGGAGGAACGAAGAGAAACAGUGGCGCUAAGCAACGGGGGAACUGUCGAGUUCAACAUCCUCGUGACACCCUCCCCACACUCCUCCUCCACGUACCCUCCGCUCUCUCCCUCCGGACCGUCUCUCCCACCCGCCACCCCCCCACCAACUCUCGUCUUCCUGCACGGUUUCCUUGGCUCGCAUGUGGACUGGCUUCCCCUCGCCAACUCCCUCUCUCUCUCCUUCCCUUGCGCCCUUAUUGAUCUUCCCGGCCAUGGUUCCACCACUGUCGCCCUCCCUGCACAUCCCACCACCGCACUGCACCCAUCGCCGCCAGCCUUGUCGUUUGAAGAAGCAGCAUCUGCUCUUGCAUCCCUGCUUGCCCGUCUGUUAGAAACCCCAGCAGCACAGCAGCAGCAGCAGCAGCAGCAAGGAAAGGUGGUGCUUGUGGGAUACUCCAUGGGGGCUCGUCUCGCCCUCUACUUAGCUCUCCGCUAUCCACAUCUGGUCUCGGCAGCGGUCGUCAUAUCGGGAAGCCCGGGGAUUAGAGAAGCGGCUGCGCGUGCUUCUCGUGCAGAGAGUGACGAUUCGCUGGCAGCAGUGCUGACGGCUGGUGGGCUGGAGCAGUAUGUUCACUCGUGGUACCAGCAACCACUGUGGGCCAGCCUGCGCGCCCACCCAUGCUUCCAGCCCAUGCUCGCCCGCCGUUUCGCCUCCUCUCCCUCCGCCUCUCCUGCUUCUCCCCCCACUGACGGUGCCAGUCCACCCAUGGUGGUGUUUCCUGGGGGCACGGAGGCAGGCCUGGCCAUGGCUCUCCGAGGUCUCAGCACCGGAAGACAACCUGUUGCCGCGUUCAAAUCUGCUAUCCUGGGAGGGCAGGCGUGGGAGGAGGAGGAGGAGCAGUACGAGGGGGACGUGGUGGGGGAGGGGGACGAUUUUGAAGAGGAGAUUGGGUUGAACGGGAGUGCGGGUGGGAGUGGUGGUGGGGGUAGUGGGAAUCAGCGCAGCAGCAGGUUUGAUGGUGCGUGGGCGGCAGAUAUGAAGCGCGUGCAUCUGGAGGAAUCCUUGGGUGCUACUCCUGGUAUGCCCUCUCCAGAACCCUCCACUAAGGACAAGGCAUCGAUGCUCCCAAUAGCAGCAGCCAAGGCUGUUCUUGAAACGGGUGGUGCUGUGAAUGUGGCAAAAGUGGAAGGAGCAGGCCAUGCUAUUCAUGAAGAGAGGCCCGAGGCACUGCUACCACUUAUCCGCCUGUUCGCAUCGAAUGGUAGUCAGGCUAGUGCGGAGUAA